AUGAGACAAAGUCACGGCGCCAGAGACGAGGUCAAACAUGGAGACGCAACAACAGCCGCGGUACUGCAAGAGCUGUCACGUGGACAUUUCAUCCUAUUACCUAUGAUGUUAUCAAUGGAAGCCUUUUUUUCCGAGAAACCUGUUCGCUACUUUCAGCACCUCGGACAGCGCACGCUACCGCGCUGCGUGCCGAUUGAUUGCCGAGCACUGGUCAGCUGCAUUGUGUUAUCGUGCACGGUGUUAGCCAGUCGAGCGCGGUGGGUUAAGGACCCAACCGAUGUGAUUUUGUUUUGUUUACGCGCCACUUACAACUGUCGAUCGGCAGUCUGCUCAGGUGGGAAACGAACUUCGCGUCAAGCUCUCAAGCACCCGCGCUUUCGACAGACGAAGACCCGUUGCAGGUGUCAGUCAAGUCGCAGGUCUCAAAGCAAUCACAGAGCAUCGGACAAAGGGAUCCAAAUGGAGCCAGUGUCGCUAACCGGCGUGAAGACCUCUGCGGGCGCGAACGUCUCCAAGUAUAAUAUCAACUUCACAGCGCCGCGAUACGUGACUCUGUACGACAUCGACGUACCGGCUGAUGGCUCAGCUGGCCUUCGGAUCAUCAUCUCCAUAGUCUACUCGCUGGUGUGCGCCCUGGGACUCGUGGGCAACUUCUUGGUUAUUUUCCUCAUGAGGAGCAAGCAGCGGUGGCAGAAAUCGGCGAUAAACACUCUGGUGUUCGGGCUGGCAGUCACGGACUUUCAGUUCGUGCUCACUCUGCCGUUCUGGGCCGUGGAGGUGGCGCUGGAUAUGACCUGGCCAUUCGGGCUCGUCAUGUGCAAGCUCAUCCUGUCGCUGACCGUCAUGAACAUGUACGCGAGCGUCUUCUUCCUGACGGUCAUCUGCAUCACGCGCUACUGGUCCAUCGCUUCGGCCCUGAAAGCGCGGAGAAGGCCCGCGGCUUGCACGGCCAUGUGGCUCAACCUGGUCAUCUGGCUCGCGGCUGGACUCGCCACGCUGCCGCACGCCAUCUAUUCCACGACGGCGGUCGUGUCCAGCGAGGAGCUGUGCCUCGUCCGCUUCCACGGUCCCGUCAGCAGCGCGCAGUUCUGGCUUGGGCUGUACCAUCUCCAGAAGAUUGUGCUCGGCUUCGCGUUGCCCCUGCUCACCAUCAGCGUGUGCUACCUGCUGCUGCUGCGCUACCUCAAAGUGCACACGCUCAACAACAACAACAACCCCAAGAAGCGGUCACGCGUCACCAAGUCAGUGACGGUCAUCGUGCUCUCGUUCUUCAUCUGCUGGCUCCCCAACCAGGCCAUCACGCUCUGGGGCGUGCUGGUCAAGUUCAACAGGGUGCCCUUCAGCUCGGCGUUCUACGCCGCACAGACGUACGUGUUCCCGGCCAGCGUGUGCCUGGCGCACACCAACAGCUGCCUCAACCCGAUCAUCUACUGCCUCAUGCGCACCGAGUUCCGCGAGGUGCUCAACGAGAUGUUCUGGAGAAUAUCCCCCGCCGCGCUGACGCGCAAUUGCCAGAUCGGUCCCUUUCUGCACACCGGGGCUCGCACCCGCGAGCGCUGCGAGGCUAGGGUCGUCAACGACAUCGUGGCCAUACCCCUGCAGCCCCUGGAUAGCAGCGAGCAGGCCCGCAACCGGGGCUCGAACGAGUGCCACCGGAGAGACGACACCCUGCCCAGCACCACGGCCGUGCAGCGGCUGUGCUGA